GGUAUGCGGCCAUUUGGCUUAGGAGAACUUGUUGUGGACACACCUAAACUAACAUAUUUUAAGUUCAGGUCAUUUCAAUUAAGAGCAUGGCACAGUACGUAGCUUUGUUGGACCAUUAUGGUCUGUAUUCAGUGUUUGAUAAUUCUGCUGUUAAAUUAGAUGGAAUACAAAGUUCUAGCUUGGAACCAACAAACAGUGAGCUGACAUCAUACAAGCAAACACAACAAAACCGAAGCCGUAUUUCCAUUAGUGGGUUUCAAUUCUCAUGUCUUGUUGGCCAAAAAGACAAAACCAAACCCAGUGUGUAUCAGGGAAAUAAUAGAUUUGCUUUAAUUCACCACAUUCCUAACACUUCAAGGAUUAUGCUUCUAGUUGGAAAGCAAGAAACAUCACUGGAUGAAAUACAAAACAUCAUGCAUUCAUUACAGCAACAACAUAUUUUCCAACCAACUCAAGAAACAAGAGAAUUUCAAUAACACUAACUGAGCUAAACUUUGAAGUACACCCAAAUCCUUUUUGUAAAAAUUAUUAAAACACUCACUUUUGUUUCAGCAGUUUCUUGUUCUCUUCGUUCACAAACUCCCAGUUUUCUAAUUUCUUUUGAACCUCUAGCAGCGCUGCUGGACGCCCACCUAUAUCCGAUAUAAGCUUUCCUAUGCAAUAAGGUGGACAUUAUUAUUGAAUGGUACGGAUUAUAAUAGAUGGCCAAUGCAUAUUAGUUGAUCCAAAGACGUAACAAUCUAUGUGUGUUGGACAAUUUCAUGUUAUUGUAAUAAUUGUAUAUAUUGCAGUUAUGUUUAAAAUGAUUUUUUGCUGCCAAUGUUUCUGGAUUCGGAGAGACCUCAUUACUGAUUUUACAAUAAAAUUUCCAGAUGAGUGGUAAA